AUGUCUCGGCAGUCCAUCUGCAGAAGCUUUGGAGGAGGAAGCAAGAGGGGAUUCAGCUCCUGCUCUGCUGUUGGCUUUGGAGGCAGUGGGGGCAGAAGCAGGAUCAGCUACAGCUCCUUCUCCACCUGCAGGGGAGUCGGAGGCAGUGGACGCUGCGGAGGUUUCAGCAGCAGAAGCCUCCACAACCUGGGAGCCAGCGGAAGGAUUUCCAUGGGUGGCUCUUACGGAUACGGCUGUAGAAUUGGUGGCUUUGGUGGAGGCUAUGGAGGAGGAUUUGGCAGUAUUGGAGGAGCUGUCAUUGGUGGAGGAGUAGGCAGCUUUGGUGGUCCUGUGAGAUGUGGUCCUGGGUUCCCUGCAGGCAUCCAGACGGUGCAGGUUGAUCCAACCCUCCUGCAGCCUGUCCAUGUUGACAUCGAUCCUCAGAUCCAACAAGUGAAGUGCCAGGAGAAGGAACAGAUCAAGACCCUUAACAAUCAGUUUGCCUCUUUCAUUGACAAGGUCCGCUUCCUGGAGCAACAGAACAAGGUCCUCUCCACCAAGUGGGAGCUCCUCCAGCAGCAAGGACCUACAGGGCCCAGGAAGAACCUCGAUGCCAUCUUUGAAAACUACAUCCAGAACCUGAAGAGGACACUGGAGGGUCUGCUGGGACAGAGGAGCCAGCUGGAGUCAGAGCUGCAGUGCAUGCGGCAGUACGUGGAGGAGUACAAGAGCAAGUACGAAGAGGAAAUCAACAGGCGCACGGCUGCCGAGAACGAGUUCGUGGUGCUGAAGAAGGAUGUGGACUGUGCCUACAUGACUAAAACAGAGCUGGAAGCCAGGGUGGGAUCCCUGACUGAUGAGCUCAGCUUCCUGAGGUGCAUCUAUGAGGAGGAGCUGGCUCAGAUGCAGACCAUCAGCAGGGACCUGUCUGUGGUGGUGUCCAUGGACAACAAUCGCCACCUGGACCUGGACAGCAUCAUCGAGGAGGUCAGGCGCCAGUACGAGCAGAUCGCCUGCAACAGCAGAGCUGAGGCUGAGGCUUGGUACCAGAGCAGGUAUGAAGAGCUGCAGAGCACAGCUGGCAGGCAUGGGGACAGCCUCCGCAACACCAAGAUGGAGAUCCAGGAGCUGACCAGGAACGUCCAAAGGCUGAGAGCUGAGAUUGAGAACAUCAAGAAGCAGAACCACCAGCUGCAGUCAGCCAUUGCCGAGGCUGAGGAGCGGGGUGAGAUGGCCCUGAAGGACGCCAGGAGGAAGCUGGAGGAGCUGGAGUGUGCCCUGAGCAAAGACAAGGAGGAGCUGGCUCGGCUGCUGAAGGAGUACCAGGAGAUGCUGAACACCAAGAUUGCACUGGAUGUUGAGAUUGCCAUGUACAGGAAGCUGCUGGAGGGAGAGGAGAACAGGCUCUGUGGAGAGAACCCCUCCAACGUCAAUGUCUCUGUGGUAGGUCGAACAACCAUCGCUGGAGGCAGAGCUGGAGGCUUCGGAGCCUGCAGCGGCCUGGGAGGAGGAGUGUGUGCGGCCGGAGCAGGGAGCGUGGCGGGAGGCAGCUGUGGCGUGGCAGGAGGAGUGCUCAGUGGUGGCUUUUCUUCUGGGAGUGGCAGAGUCUGCAGCUCUGGUGGCAACUUUGUCUCAGGGGGUGGCUCCUCCUCCGUGCGCAGAUGUGUCACCACCACCGUCAAGUCUGCAGGGGUGAAGUACUGA